AUGGCUUCUACAACAGCAGAUAGCAUGCCCGAUGCUUUGAAACGGAAUCGGUACCAUAUGAAGAGGUGUUUUGCUAGCUUUGUUGGGAUGGGGAGAAGGUUAAUGAAAACCCACCAUUUGAGGGAGGAAAUAGAGAAAACCAUACAAGACAAGCUUGAAAGAACCAAGGUUUUGGAUGGUUCAAUGGGUCACAUCCUGAGUUCCACACAGGAGGCAGCUGUUGUCCCCCCAUAUGUGGCUUUUGCAGUAAGAUAUAAUCCAGGUAGUUGGGAUUAUGUUAUGGUGAAAGCUGAUGAUCUUGUGGUACGUGCUAUUACUGCUGCAGAAUUCUUGAAAUUCAAAGAAACGAUCUACGAUGAAAAUUGGGCAAUUGAUGAAAAUGCAUUGGAAGUUGAUUUUGGAGCUUUUGACUUCUCUAUUCCGAGCCUAACCCUCUCUUCUUCAAUCGGGAAUGGAAUAAACUCCAUCUCAAAAUUCUUGACUUCAAAGCUUUUUGGGAAUCCUGAGAGUGCAAAGCCUUUGGUUGAGUACUUGCUAGCUCUUAAUCAUCGAGGGGAGAAUCUAAUGAUCAACGAGGCCCUCAAUACAGUUGCCAAGCUUCAAGGAGCGUUGAUUGCAGCUGAAGCUUUCAUCUCCGCUCUGCCAAAGGACACGACUUAUCAAAGCUUGGAGCAGAGGCUUAAAGAGUGGGGCUUUGAGAAAGGGUGGGGAGAGAAUGCCGAAAAAGUAAGAGAGACAAUGAGGACGCUUUCAGAGAUACUUCAAGCUCCAGACCCAAUAAACAUGGAGUCCUUCAUUAGCAGUCUUCCGGUCACAUUCAAUAUUGUUAUCUUCUCCGUUCAUGGUUACUUUGGCCAAUCAGAUGUCCUCGGCUUACCGGACACCGGAGGGCAGGUUGUUUACAUUCUAGAUCAAGUAAAAGCUUUAGAAGAAGAAAUGCUACUCAGAAUUAAGCAGCAAGGCUUGAAUAUUAAGCCCCAAAUCCUUGUGGUAACUCGUCUAAUACCAAACUCUCAAGGGACAAAGUGCAAUCAAGAGAUAGAGCCAAUCCUCAACACUAUGCACUCUCACAUUCUUAGGGUCCCAUUCAGGACCGAGGAAGGGGUUUUGCUCCAUUGGCUAUCCCGAUUUGAUGUCUACCCUUACCUGGAGAAAUUUGCUCAGGAUGCUGCUGCCAAGGUCCUUGAGCUGAUGGAGGGAAAACCAGACCUCAUCAUAGGAAACUACACUGAUGGAAACAUUGUGGCAUCUCUGAUGGCUAGCAAACUAGGAGGAACCAUUGCUCAUGCUUUAGAGAAAACCAAGUACGAAGACUCUGAUGUAAAAUGGAAGGAGUUAGAUCCCAAGUAUCAUUUCUCAUGCCAAUUCACAGCCGACUUAAUUGCAAUGAAUACUGCUGAUUUCAUCAUAACCAGCACAUAUCAAGAAAUUGCAGGAAGGUUGAUUAUGUCCAGAAAACCUAACACUUCCACCUACUAUUUGCUUGAAUUGUCCAGUAAGAGUAGGCCUGGACAGUAUGAAAGUCAUGAGGCAUUUACAAUGCCUGGACUUUGUAGAGUAGUUUCGGGCAUCAAUGUUUUUGAUCCAAAGUUCAACAUUGCUGCUCCUGGUGCUGAUCAAUCCAUCUACUUUCCACCCACGGAUAAACCGAAGCGAUUCACCUCAUUUCAGCCUGCAAUAGAAGAACUGCUCUACAGCAAGGAAGAUAACAGUGAACACAUUGGAUUUCUUGCAGAUAGGAAGAAACCCAUCAUCUUCUCAAUGGCAAGACUUGACACAGUGAAGAACAUCACCGGAUUAGUCGAAUGGUACGGAAAGAACAAAAGGCUCAGAAACUUGGUAAACCUCGUAGUGGUCGGAGGUUUUUUCGACCCAUCAAAAUCAAAAGACAGAGAAGAAAUGUCAGAAAUCAAGAAAAUGCACUUUCUCAUCGAACAAUACAAACUCAAAGGCCAAAUCAGAUGGAUCGCAGCUCAAACUGACCGUUACCGGAACGGAGAACUGUACCGGUGCAUUGCUGAUUCAAAGGGAGCUUUUGUGCAGCCUGCAUUGUAUGAAGCUUUUGGUUUGACAGUUAUUGAGGCUAUGAACUGUGGAUUGCCUACGUUCGCGACGAAUCAAGGAGGACCAGCGGAGAUAAUCGUCGAUGGGGUCUCCGGCUUCCAUAUCAAUCCCACCGACGGGGAGGAGUCGGGAAACAAGAUUGCUGAUUUCUUCGAGAAGUGUAAGAAGGAUGGUGCAACUUGGAGCAAGAUGUCUAGAGCAGCUCUCAAGCGCAUUAAUGAAUGCUACACAUGGAAGAUCUAUGCAAACAAAGUCUUGAACAUGGGAUCCGUGUAUGGGUUGUGGAGGCAAUUGAACAAACCACAGAAGCAAGCUAAACAAAGAUACAUUGACCUCUUUUACAAUCUCCAUUUCAAGAAACUGGCCAAUAAUUUAGCCAAACCUAGUGAUGAAACCGAACAAUCUCGACCUGCCGAGACGACAAGGCCACAACUACCAGCCCCACCAGCAGUACCUGAACCGCCACAACCAGCACUAACGCCAAUACCGGAAACACAGCCACCACCAAGGAGUGAUGGUGGGAAAAAAGAUUUUGAGGAGCAACAGAUUGGCAUCCCAGAAAAUGAUCAGGCAUCGUACUCGUGGCGGCGGUGGUUCAUUUCAUGUGUCUGUUCUUCUGUCAUUGUUUAUUCUGUCAUGAAGUACUAUGGUUUUAUCGAAUGAACAAGUUGAUAUGAGUGUAUAUUACUUAAACAAAUCAGGAAAUAAUGUUCUUGUUGUGAUCGUGC